AUGGAGUCCGGUCACUUUACAUCUUUUUCCUCAGACGAGAUCCAAUCUGUCCGACAAGAUGAAUCAUUCGUUAUGGAGCUCCAAAAGAGUGCCGAGCCCAUCGAUGAACAAGCCUUAGCCCGUCUUGGGAAGAAACAAGUCCUUAAGAGACGAUUCGGCUUCUUGUCGAUUGUCGGCUUCGCCAUGGCUGAGUUGAUUACAUGGGAGACAGUUCUCACUAUGUUCUACCAAUCAUAUGAUAAUGGUGGCCCCGCGGGUGCUUUUUAUGGCUACAUCAUCGCCUGCCUUUCAACUUUAUCGGUCUAUACCGUAAUUUCAGAACUAGCAUCUAUGGCUCCAAUCGCAGGUGGUCAGUACUACUGGGUGUAUAUGCUCGCCCCGAUGCGGUGGAAGAAGGUGUCUAGCUAUCUAAUUGGCUGGCUCACAUGUAUGGCAUGGAUCGCAGUGAUCGCAACCGAGACGAUCUUUCUCGGAACAAUGAUUGAAGGCCUGAUUGCCUUGAACAAUCCCGAUUUCGCACAGCAGCGGUGGCAGAACACUCUAUUAGCGUGGGCUAGUGUGGCGGGCACCUUCUUGAUCAAUGUUCUUGGGCCGAAUAUGCUACCCCGAUUCGAGAUUUUUAUCUUGGGACUGCAUCUGGUUGGCUUUAUCGCUAUUACAGUUAUACUUCUCGCUAUGACAUCGCCUAAGAAAUCGGCCGCCUUCGUCUUCCAAACAUCGUUAAAUGGAGGAGGGUGGCCCACGCAAGGUCUAUCGUACUGUGUGGGCUUUAUCGGCAACAUCGCAACCUUUGCUGGAGCCGAUGCAAGUGUUCAUAUGGCUGAAGAGGUUUCCAAUGCCGCUAUUGUGAUUCCUCGCGCAAUAAUAGCCGGCAUGUCUCUUAACAGUGCCCUCGGGCUAUCGAUGAUGAUCACGGUUUUAUUUUGCCUCGGAGAUGUCGAUGUUCUAGGCUCCACCGGAAUGCCCUUUAUCCAGGUAUUUUACAAUAGCACGAAAUCAUAUAUAGGUGCGUCGAUUAUGACAGCCAUUAUUAUGGUCCUAACCGGGGCAUGUUCCCUCGGUAUUGCCACUACAGCAUCUCGAAUGACCUGGUCCUUUGCGCGCGACCAAGGCCUACCAUUCUCUCGCUUCCUGAAGCAAGUGAACAACAGUACCAAGGUCCCAACCACUUCGGUCUCAGUUGUGUGUGUGUUUUCCUGCAUACUCAGUCUUAUCUAUAUCGGGUCCGACACUGCCUUUAACGAUGUUAUCUCCCUGGUUGUGACCGGAUUCUAUUGCACCUACUUCCUACCAAGUGCGUUUCUACUUUACCAUCGGAUCAAAGGCCAUAUUCUGCCUCAUGGAGCAACAAUCCUCAACGGUCUCCCCAAUGUACCUAUCAAUACCUUUGAUAGUACUGAGAAGAGUCACACCACCCUCAAGCGCCCUUGCCCAGAAUGCGUCCACCCAGAAUGCGAUAAUCUUCGGGAUAUCGGUCCCCAAGUAGGAUUAGAAAUCUCACAACCUCCCCUGAUUUGGGGACCAUGGAAGCUUCCUGGCAUCCUCGGCACUGUGAACAAUAUCUAUGCUUGUACGUACAUGCUGUUUGUCCUCUUCUGGAGUGUAUGGCCCUCGGAAACACCCGUGAAUUAUACGACUAUGAACUAUAGCAUCGCCGUCACGGGUGGUGUGUUAAUUCUCAGUGGCCUGUGGUACUUUCUCCGGGCAAGGAAUGAAUAUGACGGCCCGCUUAUAGAUGAAGAGAUCGCUGAGAUCAUGCACCUCGCCCCAGGUGCGAUCCCUGGAGCAGUCUCCGGGAUGGCUCCACCUGUUUAG